CCCGAGGGGCCCCUGCAACCUCUCCGCGCGAAGACGGCUCCAGCUCUGCAGGGAAAGAAAAGUAACUUCGCUUUUCGGAGGAACCAGGAAGGAUUAAGCGGCCUGGGAGAGGGCAGGAGCUCGCAGAGGGUGGAAGGACUGUGGAGUGAGACGCGCUCGGGCAAAGACUAUGUAAUCGCCUUGGUGUCUGUACAGAGGACUGAGCUUCGGGGAGGGAAGAGGAGGGAUCGGCUUGCUCCUCGGCGACUCGGCAGGCGGAGUUUCGCAGCGGCGGCACCAGGGUUGCGCCCGCCCGCGGGGAGGUCGCUCCAUCCAGCCCCGGCGGCCGCGAGAGUCCGAGCGCCGGACCGCGGUAGUCGGCGGGAGUGAGAGAGAGCGAGACCGAACUCUAGGGCGCGAGGGAGCAGGCCGGGGGGUCCGGGAGGAGGCGAGCGGCGGCCACGAGCGAGCCGAGCGCGCCCCCCGCCCGCCCCAGCGGCGCCGCGCCGGGCGGCGUCCGGGCGGCAUGGAGAAGGACGGCCUGAGCCGUGCCGACCAGCAGUACGAAUGCGUGGCGGAGAUCGGGGAGGGCGCCUAUGGGAAGGUGUUCAAGGCCCGGGACCUGAAGAACGGAGGCCGUUUCGUGGCGCUGAAGCGCGUGCGAGUGCAGACUGGCGAGGAGGGCAUGCCGCUCUCUACCAUCCGCGAGGUGGCGGUGCUGAGGCACCUGGAGACCUUCGAGCACCCCAACGUGGUCAGGUUGUUUGAUGUGUGCACAGUGUCACGAACAGACAGAGAAACCAAACUAACAUUAGUGUUUGAACAUGUUGAUCAAGACUUGACCACUUAUUUGGAUAAAGUUCCAGAGCCUGGAGUGCCCACUGAAACCAUAAAGGAUAUGAUGUUUCAGCUUCUCCGAGGUCUGGACUUUCUUCAUUCUCACCGAGUGGUACAUCGUGAUCUAAAACCACAGAACAUUCUGGUGACCAGCAGUGGACAAAUAAAACUGGCUGACUUCGGCCUUGCCCGCAUCUACAGUUUUCAGAUGGCUCUUACCUCAGUGGUCGUCACGCUGUGGUACAGAGCUCCAGAAGUCUUGCUUCAGUCCAGCUACGCCACCCCUGUGGACCUCUGGAGUGUUGGUUGCAUAUUUGCAGAAAUGUUUCGUAGAAAGCCGCUUUUUCGUGGAAGUUCAGAUGUCGAUCAACUAGGAAAAAUCUUGGACGUAAUUGGACUCCCGGGAGAAGAGGACUGGCCUAGAGAUGUCGCCCUCCCCAGGCAGGCUUUUCACUCAAAAUCUCCUCAGCCAAUUGAGAAGUUUGUAACAGAUAUUGAUGAACAAGGCAAAGACCUACUUCUGAAGUGCUUGACAUUUAAUCCAGCCAAAAGAAUAUCGGCCUACAGUGCCCUGUCUCACCCAUACUUCCACGACCUGGAGAGGUGCAAGGAAAACCUGGAUUCCCACCUGCCGCCCAGCCAGAACAGCUCAGAAAUGAAUACAGCCUGAGCUGCCUGGAGCUGAUCAUCCGGAGAACCUCCUUGGUAGCUGAUGGGUCCCCUGAGUAAGCCCUGCAGAGCUGCUGAGGAUCACUGGCUGGAGACCUUCUAGCUGCCGUCUUCUGGAUGGGCUCUGCUUCUCUGAGGAAACCGCCUCGUUUACUGUUUUGAAAUCAAUGCAAGAGUGAUUGCAGCUUUAUGUUCAUUCGUUUGUUUGUUUGUCUGUUUGUUUUAAGAACCUGGAAAAAUUCCAGAAGAGAAGCUGCUGACCAAUUGUGCUGCCAUUUCAUUUUUCUGAUCUUGAAUGCUGCCAGUGUGAAGUGAGCAAUCCAGGCACAGCUGAGUUAUGAUGUAAUCUCUCUGCAGGUGCUGGAGCCUGAUUUGGUACUUUUGAGUGAGUGUAUGUGCGUGUGCAUGUGUGUGUGUGUGUGAUUCUUGAUCUCUUAAAAAGUGUUACUUUCUGUCAACAACAAGAAUAAUUGAAUUUUAAAGGCUCAAAGUGACCGCUAAAUAACAGGUGUCUAUUGACUAAAGGUGAUUCACCAAAAUGGGCUUCUCAAAUUUAAAGUUGAGCCUACGUCCUUAGCA